AUGGCGUCCGCCGCGUCGCCGCCGUCGUGGGUCAUCCUGGGCAGCGUGCCGCGGGUACUGCCGGCCGCCGACGCCGACACCGACCUCCCUCCGGGCGUAGCCGACUUCUCCCUCGCGCUGCCGGCGCCCCCGCGCGUGGCGCUGCUCACCAUCCCCCAGCGCAUCUACCCGGACCGCGCCUCCUCCAGAAGAUCCCCCACCAUCAUCGCCGCCGACCCAUCCGGCCUCAUCCUCCUCCACUCCGAGCAGGGCCGCCGCGCCACCCCGGGCCCCACCAUCACCGACACCCCUGGCCACCAGGGGGUCUCCUGGUGUCCGUACCUCGACGCCUACUUCCUGCUCGACGCCACCGCCCCCGCCACCGCCGCCUUCCCGCUCCCCAAGCCCGAGCUGCUCUCCGGCCCGGGCUUCAUCGGCCUCAUCACCUCCCCCAAGGGCUACAUGGUCGCCGAGCUGCAGCCGGUCUUCGGCAGCGCCAAGGCCGAGCUCCUGCGCUUCUCGUCGCAGGUCGGCGAGUGGGUCACGCAGAGCGUCGCCUACCCGCUUCCCUGCCGCAGCUGGCGCGGCGCCGACGGCGUCCUCUCCUGCUCCGGGCGGCUCUGGUGGGUCGACCUCGCCUGGUGCCUCCUCACCUGCAACCCCUUCGCCGACGACCCGACGCUCACCGUCGUCCACUUCCCGGAGGGCAAGGUGCUCAAGCCCAGGGAGGCCGCGGGGCUGCUCGACAAGUACCGCUGCGUCGGCGUCAGCGCCGGCAAGCUGCGCUUCGUGGACAUGUACAGGAACCGUAACAGCCGCAGCGGGGCCGCGCAGAUCAGCGUGUGGACGCUCGACGACCAUCCGGUCGGCUCGUGGACGCUGGAGUGCGAGGCCACCUUCACGGAGAUCUGCAACGAUCCGAGCUACAAGGCCACUGGUCUGCCCAGGAAGAUCCCCGUGCUCGCGCUCAUCCAUCCCACCAACCCCGACGUCGUCUACUUCUUCCUGGACGGGCACCUGCUCGGCGUCGACGUGCGUGCUCGCAAGGUCGUGCACUGCGAGGUCUACGAGCUCGUCGAACCCUCCAUGGAAAAGGUCGCCAGCCGCUUCGUUCAGGCUUGGCAGCUGCCACCGGCUCUCUGCUCAGGCUCAGCAAAGGAGACUGAUGAUGGCGUGGAUGAAGAGCUGCAGCGACUGCAUCUGCGAGACGAACAUGAGGAAUGAGAAGCAGGGUUAACAUAGCAGGU